CGCAAGUUUGUGUAAAAUAUAUUUGAUUUCUGUAUUCUUGAGUAUCAAACAUCAUGGACUCCGAAGUGCAGCAGAGCGAUGCCUUCGAUGACGGUGUCACCGGUGGCGGCCCACCUUCGAAGCGCUUUAUUUUAAAGAAGUGGCAUGGUGUGGCUCUCUGGGAAUGGGAUAUUGUUGUUGACAACUGUGCCAUUUGCCGCAAUCAUGUUAUGGAUCCGUGUAUUGAGUGCCAGGCCAAUCACUACGCUGACAACGGCAACGACUGCGUCGUCGCCUGGGGCUCCUGCAGUCAUGCUUUCCAUUUCCACUGCAUUUCGCGUUGGCUGCGGACGCGUUCCGUCUGUCCACUGGAUAAUCUAGAGUGGAACUUUGACAGAUAUGGAUUGCAGUAAUUUGAAUUGUAAUUGCGCUACUUAAAUAUAUUCAAAUGUACAAAUAG